AAGGUUGAAGUCUCUUCCUGCAUAUGACUAAUCCAGGAGACCCUAUCAAAGUUAUGGAGACCUCAGCUAUGACCUCUGGCCCUGUGGUUUGCCCAGUCACCUUUUCACAAGUCUUUGGGCAUCAGUGCCAACUUCUGGAAGCAGCUGUGCAGUCGCUACACACCUUGAACGACCAGAUCUCAGACUUCAUCAUGAACAAGGCCAAAGCGCUCAGUGAAGAUGACAAUGCUUUCCUGCCCAACGAGAAAGACACACUGAAGAACUCCAUGGCGCUCAUGAGACACCUCUUGAUGGACGCGCAGUAUUAG